AUGGGAGAUGGGUUCGGUGACCGCCAAAUUGGAGCCAGAGUGCCAGCUUUCACUGAAACGAAUGAAUCCAGAUCAUCAACCUACAGUCAAGGAAGCCAACUGCAGCAGCAGAGCCUGGACUUGCAUGUAGAAGUUGAGGAGUACGCCGACCCAAGCAAAGAAAGCCAGCAGGUCUACUCUAAUUCAACGAAAAACGAAAUUUCGAUCGAAAUUGAUAUACAAGGCUGUUACAAGCACUUGUGA